UAGUAUUAGAGCUUCUUAUUUCGAGAGUGACAUCCAUUUUGUCUCGAAUCUCUCACUUUUGAGUAACAAAAGUGUUUUCUUGACUGGAUUAGAUGCUUUAGUUUGUAAAUGUAUAUUCUUCUUGAAUUUGCAAAAAAGAGGAAAAGAUUUUUGUUAGUUGCUUUGUUAAUAUUUGUAGGAAAACAAGGAUUUUGAUCCGAUAGAAUGAUUACAGUCAGUCCCUUAACGUUGAAAUUACUUGAUAUGCGGUUCUGAUUGGUAAGAUGGAUUAUUCUGAAGGUGAUUAACAUUUAGUUAUGAAAUAGAUCGAUGUUCAAUGGUAAGGCUGAGGCAUUAAAGCCUAAAGGGGGUUGAUUUUGAGAGUGUCGGAGUCGGAAAAGUCGGAGUCCGGCCUGAGUCGGAGUCGCCAGAUUUUUUUGUUCACCUCUAAAUUUUCGAUCGGGCAGAUCUAAACUGGGCUAAUAUCAGUAUACUUUUUCUUCCCCCAACCUACCAAACACCAGCCCAAAAGUCAUUAGUUACACCCAUGUCAAGUCGGGCCCAACAUAUUAAUUUCCAUUUUUGCCCUCUUUGGUGACCUGGCAAUAUGCCAGUCCAUGUCCAAAUCGCCCUCCAACAUCGCUCAUUCCCACCAAUUCACGGUCUCUCUCGUCGCUGCACCUGCACGCAAACCAUUGUCUUGCUUGGAGCUUUGUCUGGUUACUGUUCCUCAUGGUAUAUGUGGGCUAUACGAAAGGAAGCUUAAAGAGUUAAAUCCAGCCAUCAGAAACAUCACGUAUGACAUUGCAGAUCUCUACAAUUUUAUUGACGGCCUUGCGGAUAUGAGCGCCUUAGUGACAAAGGUGGCUCUAUGCUCUGAUUUCAAAAGAAUAGCAACUAUUGUUGUUUGUUCGUAUUAUUCCCUUAUGGAAGUGCUCCCGUGUCCAGGGAGGUUGAUGGUGAUAUUGGGUUCUGAUGAUGAAAAUGAAAAAGAAACUACAGGCAAAUAUGGGCUUCUCUCAAUUGUGGCGCGGCUGGCCCCCCAGGCCCAAUAAUACGGGCAUUCCAAUCCUCCGCUCCCCAGUCCCGAUCCGACCGGCUCGAUCUCUCUCUCUUGAAAACUCUCUAAAAAAUAGUGCAACACGCCCUCUACUGCAACAGGAGAAUUCACAUAAUUUGAAUCGCUCCACUCGGACUG